AUGGCUCAAGGUGGUGUCAAAUCAGCUUCAAAGAAUCCCAAAAUGCAAAAAUCAAAGAGGGCUCCAUCAAACGGAAUUAAAAAGAAGAGCAAGACGAAACAAGAGGAAAUUAAAAAACAAAUUAAAAAGCAAUGUACGGCAUCUACCGCUGCAUACAUUGAAGGUGAAAUGUUAGCAAAAUUGAAGAAAGAUGGAAAGCCGUUACACUUUUUGAAAGAUUCUACCACCAAUACCACAACCAAUGGAAAGGCUUCUUCCAACAACAAGAAGGAUCAAAAGAAGAAAACAACCAACAAAUAG